CAUGUUUACAGUUAAUUACACAACAGCCCCUUUCUUUCCUCCAUGAUCAACGACAAGGUCGAAUACGAUCGCUAUUCUUCAAUCUCUCUCUCUCUCUCUCUCUCUCUCUCUCCGUCGUCUUCAUUCAAUCUAUCUCAGUGAUUUACUCGCAAUAGAAGUCGCCUCUUAAUCUCUCUCGAGAGAGACUCAGUUUGUUUCACCAUGGCCGGCCAAAACGCGCGUUUGAAUGUGGUCCCCACUGUUACAAUGCUCGGUGUGAUGAAAGCUCGUCUCGUUGGAGCCACAAGAGGCCACGCUCUCCUCAAGAAGAAGAGCGACGCUUUAACCGUUCAGUUCAGAGCCCUUCUCAAGAAAAUCGUAACCGCUAAAGAAUCAAUGGGAGACAUGAUGAAGACUUCCUCUUUCGCUCUCACCGAAGUCAAGUACGUCGCGGGCGAAAACGUCAAGCACGUCGUCCUAGAGAACGUCAAAGAAGCAACGCUCAAAGUCCGGUCAAGACAAGAGAACAUCGCCGGCGUGAAGCUUCCCAAGUUCGAUCAUUUCUCCGAAGGCGAGACCAAGAACGACUUAACCGGUUUAGCUAGAGGUGGACAGCAGGUCCAAGCUUGCCGCGUGGCUUACGUGAAAGCCAUUGAGGUUCUUGUCGAGCUCGCUUCUCUCCAGACUUCGUUCUUGACGCUUGAUGAAGCGAUCAAGACGACGAAUCGGAGGGUUAAUGCGUUGGAGAAUGUGGUGAAACCGAAGAUUGAGAAUACGAUCAGUUACAUCAAGGGGGAGCUUGAUGAGCUCGAGAGGGAAGAUUUCUUCAGGCUGAAGAAGAUUCAAGGGUACAAGAGGAGGGAAGUUGAGAGACAAGCGGCUAAUGCUAAGGCCUUUGCUGAGGAGAUGGUUCUUGAAGGGAUCUCUAUGCAGAGAGGGAUUUCGAUUAACGCUGCUCGUGAUUUGCUUGCUGGUGGUGGUGCAGAGAAGGAUGCAGACAUUAUUUUCUGAGGUGUGUGUGU